UGAAGAACAGCAUAUGCGUCAAGCCAUUGCUGACAUGCCCAUCAAAAUGCUUCAGGCCAACGGUGACCUUGAUGAGGGACGUCUUGGUGAAUUUCCUGAAGAGUCCACAGCCCUAGAGGUUGACGGAGUCGCGCAGCAGAUGGCUGAGAAUGCUCGUCCUCCUUCAGUAAAAGUUCGUCAGUGGCUUCAACACAUGCAGAAAAUGAGCCACAACUCCUCGUCAUCAUCAGAUAAUUUGGGACCGAGAUCUAGUCCAGUUCAAGCCGGUUGUUCUAAUAGAUUUCUUCCCGAUCCUCUCUUAUCCUACUCUGAAGAUUCUUGGAUUCUAAAAUAUCACCAGUCUGAACACGCAACCAACUAUUCCUACCCUCAUUCGGACUCUUCGGUGAUCAAAUCCUCUGACUUGCACUCGUUGUCUGUUUGUGAAAGUGAAGAACGUUCAGGCAUGCUUGGUGUCAGUGAUGCCUUCGAGUACGGUGACAGCAGCAAUUAUUUUGGAGAAAUUCCUCCACACGACCCAACUUUUGGCAUUUCUGAAUCUUUCUUGUGCCUCCAAUUGAAGGAAAAUUGCAAGAUCCAACGAAUUAACGGAGAACACAAAAAGAUCACAAUUGUCAGCCAUAAUGAAGCUUCAAAGUUAACCUUGGCCAAAGUGGCUCGCAGUGAACCUGCAGUGAGCGACACGCCAAUGCUGCAGGUUUCGAGCGCGCGUCCCAAAGUGGAUAGUGAUGAUGCCUUUGCACACGCUGACAGCUGCGAUUAUUUUGGAGAAAUUUCUCCUCAUGACCAAACUUCUGGAAAUCCUGAAUCUUUCUUGUGCCUCCAAUUAAAAGAAAAUUGUAAGGACAAACGAAUUAACGGAGCGAAACUCAAAAUUGUAGCCCAAAAUGAAGCUUCAAAGUUGACCUUGGCCAAAGUGGCUCGCAGUGAACCUGCAAUAAGCGACACGCCAAUGCUGCAGGUUUCGAGCGCGCGGCCCAAAGUGGUGAGUGAUGCGUCUAUCAGCCUUGACCGUCCUUACCGAGUGUUUCUUGCUGGUGGUUUACCACUGCCGAUGGACGAUAUUGUCGUCAACAAAUACGUUAUGGCUAGCGUUCUAAAUGAGAGUGUUAUGAAAGUGAUUGAAGAAAGCAAUGCAAUUGAUCUAUCAACUCGUUUACAGGCGUAUAUGUGGCCCAUUAUCUCGGGCGGUCAGAACAUCAUUUCUAUUGGUGAACUCGCGAGCGGUAAAAGUUUAGGCUACAUUUUACCACUGGCGUCCCUAUUACUGGACAUGUGGCCGUGUGUGGAACAGCAAGCGUAUGCAAGGGUCGGAGGCGUUGCAGUCGUGGUGUGUAAAAGCUGGCGUGCAGUACAGUGUGUCGGGGACACGUUUGCUCAGAUUUUUACUCGUCACAAGAUCAGGGUUGUGACCGCCUGGGGCGGCCUGGGCCCCGACUCUCUCAACGAGGUGCUGAAAGACGUGUACCGAGGAUGCGAUGUCCUGGUGUCCACUCUGCCUUUCUUGAUGCGUAUCAUUGGACUUGCUGGUGAAGAAAAAGAAUCUGUUCAAUUUGAUCUUCUUGGCACGUGUUUUCACCUUGUUCUCGACGAUGCUGACGUUAUGAUGGAUACCCGAGCUGAAGAUGUCAAACUCCUGCUGAAGGAAUGGGCGCUCCGGAGGUCUGAAAGUAACCAUUCACAUUUUUGUCAGCAGCUCAUCGUCACUUCGUCGUCAUGGACAAAAUACAUCCAUGACUUAACGGAGUACAUUUUCCCAUUGAUGACGCCCACGCUCAUUAUUUCAUCACACUUGGAGGCUGCUAAAGCUGCCCAAGUGCGCUCAAUUUUGCACGUCACAAAUAUUUCUUCGGUCACUUCAAAGUCGUUGCAAAUCUUGGGCGACGUUGCGAAUCUCGUCAAAGAGGAAGUAGACGAACAGAAGAGAGUCAUGGUGUUUGUGAAAAAUAACCAAGAAGCUUGCCAACUGAAGAAGUUGUUUGACAGUAACGCUGCGUUCUCAAUGGUGGUGCACGAACGCAUGCUCUUGUGGCAACAGGACGAGGCCGUCAAGAUGUGGAAGUCUUUCAGCUCUGGAAAUAUUCUGAUUGCAACUUCCCGGGCAGUUCCUAUUCUUCUUCAACGCGACGUGCGAGAUGCCAAUGUGAUAAUUCAUGCCGACAUCCCUCAAAGGAAAGAAGAAUUUGUCCAGCGUUUUUCAUUCCUCAUGGACAACUACCGCGUUCAUUUCGACGCUACGGCCGAGAGUCCUCCUGUAUCGUUAGUGAUGUUGGAUGAUUGUCCUGCUGCCUUGCCUUCCUACUUGCUCGGGUGCCUUGAGCAUCUUGGUACAAACAUCUCUCCAAGCUUGCGAAGUAAGUUUUCUCAAGUAGAAAAACGUGGAGUUCCCCUGUGCCACUAUCUUAAAGCUUAUGGCUCCUGCCCGUCUGUGAAGCUCUGCCUGUGGCGGCACGAGAUCGUAGGUGAAGAUCUAAUGUGUAAACUACCCGAAUCCGGCAUAGCUACUCUGGAACUGGUAAAAAUCCUCAAUGCUUCGCGUUACUUGAUGCGUUUGACUGAGUAUCGCGAGUCCUCAAGCAGCAUCUCGGUGGACUUGAGUAGAAACCACCUCACUCUCUUCAUGACUCUGCAGAGAUUCUGUGAUGAUGAAAGUCGUCUUCAAAAGCUUGAAUUUCCUGUGGCUGCUGGGAAUCUUUGCCUGAUUAACCGCGAGUCUGUUUGGGCUCGUGCCCGAGUCUUACACGUUGGGAACUCAAAAUCAUCAAAAGUUGACGUGUUCUUGCUGGACGAAGGUGAUGAAAUUUCGGUGAAAAUUUCCGACCUCUAUGAGCUUCCCUCCGAGUUCACAAGUUUGCCUCAGCUAAUCCUGGAAAUCUAUCUGUGCAAUGUUCAACCGUUCGAUAAAGACAAAGAUUGGACUCAUAACGCGAACAUCUAUAUUGAAAAACUUUUCGCUGAGUCUCAAGAACGUUCGAAGUGGACCGGAUGCAUUAAAGCUUCGCUUUCCCAUACUCUCUGGCUGAGCCCCUUGGUGGAGAUUGUCACUGAUGAAGGAACUCGCAUCAGGAAAGAAUCAAUAAGAAGUCAGCUUAUAAGAUUAGAGUACGGAUCAGCAAAUACCGAGCACGCAGAAUUUAUUGAGAAAAUAAAACUCACUAAGCUGAACAACGAAAAUUCUGCUGUGUCUUGGUUAGAAUAUUGGACUCCCAAGUCCAUUACCCAAGGGAAGGAGUGAACUCACCUGCCAUACCGGAAACAGCCGAGUUCUUAAGAGUUGUGGGAGCUUUGUUCCUUAGAAGGACAUCAAGGGGAUUAUGUUCGAUGUCCUGGUUGGUACAUGAUAUUCGUCGUAUCUAUGACGUUUGCUAGCGACACGUCUCUGUUAGUUGUUGGUCGCUUGGUAAUCGUUCAUCGUGAGUACUCGCAUUAGAACGUAUUGUUUGAGUUUAGUUGCAGUUCAAACGCUUUGUCGCGAUUUCCAGGGCUUUGCCAAGUCAUGAAGCUGCUGACGCCAUUGAAGACUUAACCUCUUGUCAUUCACUCCGCAGCUUAUGUGUUUGUAGGAAUAGACGAUGACCACAGUGGUUUAAGAUGAGGCCAUGAGCCGUAUAUACUAUCAAAAAUAGUUAUGAGUUCGUAACUCCGUCUGCCAAUAACUGCCACUUUGUGUAUUAAGAAAAUGUUGAUAGUUCAACAACAGGGAUUGUGUUGUCCGCUUCGAGUUGGUAUAUUCAGUGAUGAAUGUUUAUCUUGGAAAAAAACCCUAACAACGUUCACCGUUGCGAUAUGUUUUGCAUCUAUUGCCAUGGUGUUGCUACACUGAUGUCAUGUACGAUCUUGAGAGCUGUGACUCGCAUGGUUAUGGUUUUUAUUUAUCAAGUGUGGCAAGUAUUUUGAGUUUCUCACUCAAGACCUUCCGUUUCUCGCUGGUAAUGCAUUAGUUUCGAUUGGAGACAUUUGUGAUGUUCGAGACCCUAAAACUUGUUAGUGAAGUCAAUCGUCUAGUUCGUCUUACUAACUGGCGAACUUCGCAAGUAUUUUGAGCCUAAAAUACGCACGCAUGAUCGAUUUUUGUUGCCAAGUAAGAUGCUACUAAAUCUUUCAAACGAUGACAAUUUGUUCAAGUGCAUAUUAUUACAACCAGAGAAAUGAGAGACAUGGUCCGAAUAUUGAUGCACUUUUUUGUAAUAGUGCAAGUACUAUUUCUUUUUAUGCAAGGUCUAGCUUUCCGACCUUUGAUAUGUAUAAUUUUUUCUUUCCUUAAGAGGCUUGCUUUUUCAUUUUGUUGUAGAGAGGAAAGAGUUUCAAAUUUCUCGCAUUGGUUCAUUUAUUAUUUAGAGGUAGAAGCGCAUUUACAGCGAGCCAGCAACCUCGCUGCGUUCACGGGGUCUGCCCAAAGGUCACCACCGACAGGGAUGUUGGCAUUUCAGGGCAGGAGACAAGAUGAAUUGUGCCGUGUGUGUUGAAUAGGCAGUGUGGAGAAGACUGUGUGGCAGUCUAUUUUGUUUAGAUAUGAGAGAAGUAGCGAUGAUUUGUUUGUGCGAAGUUGUAUGAGGUGUCUGCAUGCAGGUCUGGGUAACUUAAUUUAAGAUGGGUGGAUCUGUGCUGCGGAACAGUUUAAAAUUUUAUUGUGAGGAAGAGUUGCGAGGUAGUUUUCUGUGAUUGUGGUGUGGAUUGUUUUUGAGAUUGUUUGACUGCGGCUUGUGCUGGUGGGAUAUCUAUGUUGGUGGUGAAGCUGAAUUGUGGAAAAUAGUUUGUUUCAUGAGGCGGUGUGGGUACGUGCGGCUGUAAGGUGAGGGUAUGUAGUCGGUAGAUGGGAGUUUGUGCUUUCUGACUGAGUUGUAAGGUGUGAAGUUUAAGGUGUUGUUAGGGGUAGAAGUUUGGUUUCUUGGUGAAUGUGAUUGAUGUUGGAAUCAGCGGUGCAACCUGAGGCUAUACUGAGUGCUGAGUAUAAUUUUCGUUGUCUUCUAAUUCUAUCAAUUGCAUCUUUACAUCUUUUUUAUUUUGUACUUGAAUUUAUAGUGCUUCAACCUCCUGCUGACCUCGGGUUCGACGAUUUUGUUCCUGUAAUGAUCUAAGUAAAAGUAUCAAAACAU